CACCUCCACUCAUCAAACUACUGUCACAGAGCUAGUACUAGUAGUCAUACUACUUAUACUUCCUGCAUCGCUCUGGACAACACCGAGAUUCACUCCCAUUACUACCACCUACUACACCUACUACCACCACUUACUACUACUGAUAACACCUCUUCUCACCAUGUAUCCCUUUCUUCCCUGGAGUCAGAACCAGUCUAGUGUUCGCUCCUCUCUGAGCGAAGCCACCACUAGCACCCAGAAUGUCUCCUUCAGCUUCAGCUUCGGCAGCUCUUGCUCACCUACUUCGAUGCCGCCUCCCCCACCACCUUCUCCCACUGAUUCCUUGCUCGACAUCACUCCUCGCAAAUGCUCCUUUUCUAGCGGCUAUGAGAUGAACAACUCGUGCGCAUUCCCAUCUUGGCCCAACCGCCCUUCUCUGCUGAGUGCAGACUCAGAGGGCUCCAGUGCCAGCGCCUACCUUUCCGACGAAGAUCUCCUCCCCAUCGGCUCUGGAUCCCCCUGCGAGAGUGCGAUCGACGAAGAAUCCGCCGCGCAGGACCCGACCAUGGGAGACGUUGACCUGACCACCGAGCAGCAGAUCCAGAUGAUUCGCGCCGCAGCGGAAGAAGAAGCGCAGCGCGCGCGUUUCCUUGCUCAGGUGCAGGCCCAUGCGAGAGCACAGCAGGCCAUGCGGGUGGCACAGAUGGCAGCGGCAGAGCGCGAGAACGCAAAGCGCAAGAAGCGCAAGGCCAUCCCCGAGAGGAAGCGGCGGACCGCAUCAGCUUCGAAAGCCACCGUCUGCCGCGCCUAAGAGACACCGAAAAGGGUGUCAUCUUCUCUUUACUUUUUUUUCCUUUGUUGUAACACCAAUACGCCAAACCAUCUACUCGCGCAUGUCAUGAUACCCCACGACUUCGUCACCCCACGCCAACAUUUUGGUCCGAUUUA